CCUCCGCCCGGGGCUGCCGGACUUUAGCCCUUAAUCAACCGCAGAAGUGGCAGCAGCCGCCUCCGCUCCUGCCAGGAGCCCUAAACCCCGCGGAUCGCCCCCAAAAUCAUGGCAAAGUUUCUGUCCCAGGAUCAAAUUAAUGAGUUCAAGGAAUGUUUUUCCCUGUACGACAAGAAGCAGAAAGGCAAGAUCAAAGCCUCGGAGCUGCUGGCCGUGAUGAGGUGCCUGGGAGCCAGCCCCACGCCAGGGGAGGUGCAGAGACACCUGCACCUGCACAGGAUCGACAGGAACGCAGAGCUGGACUUCUCCACCUUCCUGAACAUCAUGUACAGGCAGAUGAAGCAGGAGGAGCCCGAGAAGGAGAUCCUGACAGCCCUGGCCAUGAUCGACCGGCAGAAGAGAGGGGUCAUCACCGUGCCCGAGCUCCGGGCCAAGCUCACCCGGCUGGGUGAGAAGCUUUCCGAGGAAGAAGUCGAUGACCUGCUGAAAGAGGCCAAAGUUGGGCCAAACGGAACCAUCCGAUACGAAGAAUUUGUGCGCCUCAUUUGCCUCCCUUUGGCCGACUACUGAAACCCAGAGUGAGAUCGGCUACGAGCAGGACCCCGAAGGGAUUUAUUCCUAUUUUUCCCAGUUUUCAGCUGGACUCAGGAACCACCAUUUGCCUUUUGAAACCUGAUUUUGCCUUCAUUUAGUGCAGCCACUUCCAUAGGCUCUGCCACUUCCACUCCUCCCUCAUUCCUGGAGAAACAAGAUGUGAGCUGUUACUGGAAUAAACGGAAUAGAACAACA